CACUCGAGCAUUUUCCAUUAGCAUCUUACGUGGCUAGACAUAGACUGGCGUCCUCAGUCUAUUCUACGAGAUGUUUAUUCCUGAGAUUAGCGAAUGGUCCCCUAGGCUAUCCCAUGGAAGCCAGCUUUCAGCCUAUCGCGAGUCACCCCACGAUCUCAACGCCACAGGAUCCAAGAUCGUUUGCGAUCUGGGCCCAACUCUGGCUCCUUGCCUUCAAGCCCGUCAGACUCUAGACACGCCGGCAAGACCGUCAUUUAUCAAUUCCCCAAUAUGCACCGCGAACGAAUUCCUAAUCUCGUCGACUUGGCCGGCUUGGGUGUUCAAUCUCUGCCUUCUCGCCUCCACUGCUUUACGGAACAUCGGAAUGCCAACUGCUGUGGCCGGCCGGCCAAGCCCCUAUCUUUGCUAAGCGAGACCUGUAAACAUCUGUGCCCAGCAACAUUCUCUUGGUGGGAUGUCACUUAGGGAAAUACACAUGGGUGCGCUUACGGUUGCCAAGAUACCUGAGUGGAUCUGUAGCGUUCCGGUCUGUGAAACUCUACAAAGCUGUACUGCGAUAAAAGUUUGGCUCGGUAUUCUUGGUAUGCUGCUUCUCUCGGCGAUUCUUGGCGUAAAGUCGGAGUGAGUGUGGAGUGGAUACCUACGCAAGGCGGUGACG